CAAAAAGUGGUUCGGUUAAUUUUAUGCAAGUCACGGAAUUAAAUGAAAACCGUAAAUCGUUCGAAGAAAGUGCGAGAUAAAAAAGUUCCGGAAGUCCUUUUGUCAGACGAUUCUUUUGAAAGAAAAAAAUAGAUGCAACAAAGUUUUGCACAAAGCCUUUGUGAUACGCGAUAAAGAAGAAAAAAGCCAAACAACGGGUUAUACGCCGCAGCAAGCGUAAAGAUGUCAAAUCAAAUAAGAACGCAGCAGCUUUAAAUGGCACUUGUCGCCUAAACUUAUUUCGGCGAAUGCACAAUUUCGAGGCUGUCGUCUGGGCCGCUUAUCAGCCAUGUGCACAACAAAAACCACAGCCACAAUUACAACGAAAACGACUUCGACAACGACAACGACCAGCAACGAAGGGCAUAAAGGGACGUCGACUAUAUUAAUAACAUUGAUAAGAGCCAAAUAUUUGGGGCGUCAACACCACACCCACAAUUAAUUGACAUCUGACAGAAUGCUACAAAACGUUGUAGCUGCUGCAUGUGUUGUUGCUCUUUUGGUUGCUGGUGUUGCGGCCUCUGCUGCCGACAGCGAUGAUGAUGGGUUCAAUCAAUCAUUCAUGGCUCAUACGUUGCCAAAUGCGGGGCCAAGUGUCAGCACAAGUCUCGGUGUUGGUCUAAGUCUCGGUGUCGAUCCCAAUCCCAAUCCCAAUCCUAGCCCCAUUUCCACUCCCACAUCCUUUCCCUUUCCCAGCGUCAGCUCAAGCCCGGAGCUGUUGCUGCUGCACAAUGACAAAUUUCUCACACAUUUCGCUCAACUGCUGAACAUAACGACUGAGAAUCUAACAAAUCUGCUUGGCAACAGCACAAAUGGCAGUGCGACAACAUUAACGACCGACUCCAUGGCCGAUGAAUCGCCCACGCUGCUCAUUGUGCUGACCGUCUGCUAUGCCAUCAUUUUCGUCGCCGGCGUUUUGGGCAAUCUAAUCACCUGCAUUGUCAUAUCGCGCAAUAACUUUAUGCACACGGCUACCAAUUUCUAUCUGUUCAAUUUAGCUGUCUCUGAUUUGAUUUUGCUCGUCUCAGGCAUACCACAGGAACUGUACAAUUUGUGGUGCCCCAACUCAUAUCCCUUCACGGACGGCAUAUGCAUACUGGAGAGCGUCCUGUCCGAGAUGGCUGCCAAUGCCACUGUGCUCACAAUUACAGCUUUUACCGUGGAGCGUUAUAUUGCCAUCUGCCAUCCAUUCCGGCAGCACACCAUGUCGAAGUUAUCGCGAGCCAUUAAAUUCAUUUUUGCCAUUUGGAUGACAGCAUUUUUGCUGGCUCUGCCCCAAGCAAUGCAGUUCUCGGUGGUCAACCAGGAGGAUGGAUACUCUUGCACGAUGGAAAAUGACUUUUACGCCCAUGUAUUUGCGGUCUCGGGAUUUAUAUUCUUCUGCGGACCAAUGACGGCGAUCUGUGUGCUCUACGUGCUGAUUGGCAUGAAGCUGAAGCGGAGUCGUUUGCUGCAGGCGCUGCCACGGCGAGCCUACGAUGCGAAUCGGGGCGUUAAUGCGCAGAGUCGCGUCAUCAGAAUGUUGGUAGCUGUAGCCGUUGCGUUCUUUCUCUGCUGGGCUCCCUUCCAUGCCCAACGACUGAUGGCCGUCUAUGGCGUCUCGCUGAUUAAUGUGUGCCGUUGCCAGGAAUCGUUCAACGAUUACUUCCGCAUACUUGACUACACAUCUGGCGUACUCUAUUUCCUAUCCACCUGCAUCAAUCCGCUGCUCUACAACAUCAUGAGCCACAAAUUUCGCGAGGCCUUCAAGAUCACAUUGACGCGCCAGUUUGGGUUGGCGAGAAACCAUCACCAUCAGCGUAGUCAGUACCAUCAACACAACUACAGCGCACUGAUGCGACUGCAGGGUUCGAUGCGAUUGCAGCCAGCGAGUUGCAGUGUCAACAAUAACGCCCUCGAGCCUUAUGGAUCGUAUCGCGUGGUGCAGUUCCGUUGCCGCGAUGCCAAUCAUCAGCUGUCGCUGCAGGAUAGCAUUCGCACGAAUACCACAACCACAACAAUUAACAGCACGAGCCAGUCGGCUGUUGGUUCAGCUGGCGUUGGAGUUGGUGGCAGACGGUUGCGCAAGCAUGAGCUUUAUGCGGCAACACCGUGUGGCAGCGCGGUGCCACAUCGCUUGUUGCAGUCGCAAGUGUCGCGUAUGUCAUCGCUUAGCGAUGCCAACAGUCACUCGCUGCUGGAAACCGAGGUGGGGGGAGCAGUUGGGCGUGGCAAGCGCACCUUGCUAGCGACCAACAAUGGCGCCUUGCUACUAACGCCAUCAACCGAAUCUCCGGCAGAGGAGAAUGUGCAGCAGCCAGCGACGACGCGACUGAAAUUAUCGCGUGUGAUAAGUCGACGCGAUGAGGCAGCAUACAGUGGCAGCUGCAGUCUGCCCGAGUCGGAUUCUUGCCACAGCAACACGGCUGACACCUCGACGACGGAGGUGCGCAAGUUUCCGUGGCGCAAGAAACGCCAAAAGCGGAAUGUGGACCCUGGAGGAGGCGGAGGAGGAGGAGGUGGAGGAGUUGCGGGUGUUGGCUACGCCACACCAAAGUCGCUGUGAUAAAACGCUGUCGUUGAUUGAAAAUGUCAAGCCAGCUGAAAGCUCUCUGCAGAACUUUAGAAGUAGCUAGUGUAGAUAGAAAUAAACGAGUAUUUGUCAUUCUUUAGUAUAGCAUUUAUCAUUUGAGUUACUUUUCGUUCUUAGCUAGUAAAUGGAAAAACAAAACUCAGAAGUCAACUUCGUUCGAUCCGCACGUAUCGAAGAGUCAACGAACUUUUUGUGCGCCACGCGAUUUGCAUGAAUAUUUAUGGCCAUCAAAAUGACAGCGACUGCAUUAGCCUGGCCCAGACGAUUUAUGCCACGCAGUAAAGUACAGCUAAUGGAGGCUAGAAGACAACUGACGAACUGCCUUCGUCAUUCACUGUUCACCGCCUAGUACUUAAGCUUGAACAUAUAAAUUAAGUGUUAAGAGGCAACAAGUAAAUAAACCUAAUAAAAAUUGUUACUUACA